AUGCAUAAGUGUGUUGCAUUGUGUUUCACGAUUUUGGCUUUUGUGCUAGCAACGCUUCUCCCUAUCGCGGGAUCAACGCUGCAACCUAAAGCUCCAAAUUUCCAAUAUUUUGAAAGGCCAAAGUACAGGUAUCCUUACUACGAUGAAAACGGAAAAGGGAAACUACUCUACGGCUAUGGAGGACCGGAGCUGUACCAAUACAAGAGCUUCUCUCCUUUGGACGGUAUUCAUUGAGCCCCUUGGGUUUUCAUUAAAUUCAUUUGCGUUCUGAAAGCAAUGGAACGACACGUCGGCGCAUUAUCAUACCAUUUUUUGAAGGUGGCAUCGCAUUAGUCCGCGACUGUUUCACACAUCCUGCCUUCACAGUCUAGCGGUCGGAUUACUGAUAUUCGACUUCUUUAAUGGUCAAGCCUUCUUUAACUUAAUACAACUAAGCGAGCUUAGGAGGAGCUGAACAUGAGAAAUAGGAAAUGUUGUGUUGAUACAUAAAAGUAAUU